CAAUUUGAAAUUAGACAGCUCCGGUUCAGUCAGGACGGAUCAUUCACACCUAAGUUUCAUACACAUUCGAGUGUUGGUAUUGCAGACAGAGGAACUAGUCGUUUGCUUUAAUUUCUGUGGAUCCUUUUCUUUUUUUGUAUAAUAAUUUUCGAACAAGUCAUUUUUGCGUGUGCCAUGAACGCCUCAUAAUUGAUCGGCCCAAAAAGGCUUCUUGAACGUCCCAGCUCAAUGCGUUGGCGCCACCUAGCGUUCAAAUGGAAGAAUGGACGCCAAUUCAAAUCAUGCUCCCGGUAAUCUGUCUAUUAUUAUUAUAUCCAGGAUAUUCAGUUGGGAUGUAUAUGUAUUUGUUUUAAUAGAUUAAUCUCUAGUUAUAUAUGCACGUAGUGACAAUAACACGUUCAUGAAAAAUGGCCGUGGAUAUCCAUUGUCUCAUGCUUAUUAGCCUUUAAUGCAGUCUAUAAUAAAAUACUACACAUAUUUAACACACCAGUGAUGACGAUGCUUUCCAAGCUUUACGUCAAAUAUAUAGCUGAUCCAAAGUCCCCGAAUUAUCGAUCAAAUUGUCUGUGAGCGUUACAUAACACCGUGUGCUCCUCCUCACAUGAGCACACAGCGCCACCGCGAGGCCCCGGACCCGCUGGCACGGAGGAGCGGGGCUGGGCACACACGGAGCUGGCAGCAGCGGCAGCACACGUUGUUCACGAUCCUCGUAUCGGAUGCCGAUUUUCCCGUAGAGCACCUGGUGAGUUUCAUCUAUGUUGCUGCGUUAGAUUUCCUAGCAGGCCGCUCCUGUUGUGUCCCUCGCUGCCUUCCUUCAGCGCGCCGAGGGAUGGAAGCGACGGGCUGAUGAGCAUCGCUGUGCUUGUGCGAUAAAAAAAAACAAAAAAAACAAGAGAACAUACGUCGUCCGUAACGGGAGGAUGCGUUAGGGGUCAGAGGUGAGCUAGUGAGGCAGAGAUGAGUCUGACUUCCUGGUUCCUGGUGAGCGGCGUGGGGACGCGUCACCGUCUCCCCAGAGAGAUGAUCUUCGUGGGGAGGGACGACUGUGAGCUGAUGCUGCAGUCCCGCAGUGUGGACAAGCAGCACGCCGUCAUCAACUAUGAGCCGAAUGCAGAUGAACAUAAAGUGAAGGACCUGGGCAGCCUAAACGGGACAUUUGUAAAUGAUGUCAGAAUACAGGAGCAAAUCUACGUCACACUGCAAAUUGAAGACAAAUUGAGGUUUGGAUACGAUACCAACCUGUUCACUGUGGUUCGAGGGGAGAUGCAUAUUCCAGAGGAGGCCCUCAAGCAUGAGAAGUUCAGCAGCCAGCUGCAGCUGAGCCUGAAGAAACUUCCAGAGGGGGAAUCGAGUAAAUGUGAUGCCAAACUCUCUGAGGCAGCAUUAGCAGCAGCAUGUGGCGGGGCCCAUGCAAAGCCCCCCGAGGCCAGCAGGCUGGAGGAUAAGACCACAGGAGACGUAGCAGUGUUGCACAGAAUCACGCCCCUCUAUGGUCAGCCGGCCUGGUGGGGAGAUGGAGACCCUCACAACCAGCAACCAGGGAGGCCAGAGGAGAAAAGCUCAGAUCGAAAGAGAGAGAAAGCUGAUGCAGAUAUCAAGAAAAGUGCAGCGGUCCCAAAGUCUUCCGCCCAAACGGCUUUUAAUCAGGAGCCCAGCUACUUUGAGAUCCCGACCAAGGAAGCUCUCUCAGCCGUUAAAGACAGCAGGGAAUCCCCGUCCCGAGAACUAGACCCUGGUGCCGCCUCUGCUGCAGAGCCCAUCCAGGGCCACGCCUCCUACACCAUUGAGUUUGACCCCGGUGCGUCGGGUAAAGUGACCGUCAAAGACAGAGUGGCAAAGGUGGGACCGGAGACCAAGCCUCGUCCGAAAAGGGCUGUCGGGGAGGAGCUGAGUCCACUUCAGACGGCCAUGGUGGCUGCCGAGGUGAAAGUUGCCGACUGGCUGGCCCAGAACGAGCUGCCGAUCGCUCUGAAAGACGCGGUUGCAGAGGACGACGGGGAGAGCGUGAAGAGCGACGUGCCAGUGCAGCUGAAGAGUCUCAAAGGCAGCAAACACGAGGACGGAACUCAGAGUGACUCAGAGAACGCACUCGGAGAGCAGCGCAGGGCCGCGGCAAUGGAGCAGCGCUCCUGGGGGCUCUGGGGCGGUGCAGGGAGGAAGUUCAGAGAGGGUCGCGCCAACGUGCCAGAGGGGCUCUUCGCGGAGGAGGACAGUCCCGCCCGCCGCCGUAAAACCUCCACUCCCAACGCGGCGAGUGGCUUCGCGGAGAGGCAACGUGGAGAGGCUCGACCGAGUGGCCGGGAGGAGUGCUAUCACCACGGGGAUGAUUACAGCGACAGAGGGACCUACACCAUUGAGGUGGAGAAUGGAGAUCAGGAGGAGAAAGAGGCAAGGAAAAUGAUUGACAAGGUGUUUGGCGUGGACGAGCAGGAGACUGUGUGCGCGUCCAGGUUGGUGGUUGCUGAACAACGAGAGAGUCUGCCAUCGCAGAGGUCCGGGAUGGGAGGCAGAGGAAAGCCCGCACGCAUGGAGACAGAGGUGCUAUCUGAGCAGCUGAUGGUGGGUGGUCCUCGCUGGGUCUCGCAGUGGGCCACUCUGGCAGCCAGUCACAUUCGGACAGACCCUGAGGGAUCAGGAGGGGACAGUCACAUCAUGGUCACAGAAGACAGAGCUGAAAUAAGUGAGUCGAGCCACUCAGCCUCCUUUGCCUCGUCUGGACACACGGAGCGUAAGAGGAGAACCCUGCCCCAGCUCCCUGGUGAGGAGCUCGCCCUGGGAAGGAGGACCCCAGGCGCGGGCCUGCUUACAGAAAUGGGGGAGAAACAGGACACCGAGCUACAAGAGAAGGAGAGCCAGGAGGAGAAGACGGCCAGGGGAAAGACUCGCCGCGGUCAUGGCAGCGGGGGUGUGGGCAGUCUGGGCGGGAGCCCCAGCCGCUCCUCACCGGCCAAGUCGCAGGACAGCGCCGGCGGGCGCUCAGCGCAGUCUGGCAUGUUGGCCAAGCUGCCCCCUCGUCCCCUGACCAGCGGGGAGAAACGGAUGGAGGAGGUGCAGAGGAGGAAAAAGGAAGAGGAGAAGGCCAGGGAAAGCAGUGGGAAACCAUUGUUCAGACAAGAGAGCUUCACUGUUGACAAACCCAGCUCAAACGUGCCCAUUGAGCUCAGGCCUCACAUCGAUGGGCUCACAGGCUGCAGAGUGACCCAGAGCAGGGAGACGCUGCACAAAGACUCCGAAGCUGUGGCCGCCUUCUUGGAGACGACGGUGUCAGACCAAGGUGAUCCACCAAGUCGGUCCAUUGAAGGCUCCAUGUCCCCGGAGUCUGACGUGGACACGACCAGCACAGUGAGUCAAGCCGACGGAGCGAGGAAAGUCAUCCAGAAACGGCGGACUCUUGCAGGGCAGCAGAAGGAGAGAACGGUAGUGUGCUCGUCGGGGAAAAGCUCGGCCUGGAACAGAGAGACCCAGGACAGGCGGGUCAAGACCAGGGCAUCUGGUCCCGCGCAGACCGCUCGCCCCUGGACCUCCCUGGACCUCACCGACGAUGACGUCAACUCCAACUCCCUCCCGUCCGACUCCCAGCACACCUCUACGCAGGAGUACAGAAGCGCAACCGUUAGGGCCCAGACUGGGAGCACGACAAUCGCGGCCAGCACCAAGUCUAGUCGGGCGAAAAUCGCUCAGGCCCCAACGUCUGCCGCAACUGGAAAACCCACGAAUGCCCCUAAGCCCAGGCCCACCAGGGCGUCGCUGCUGAGACGAGCCCGGCUCGGGGAGCCCUCAGACAAUGAAGCAGCUGAGCUCGACCGGAUGUCGGUCGCCUCGGAGGCCUCCACCGCCAGCUCCACGUCCAGGACAGGCAUGGCGAGGAGGGGGAUGUCCAGGAUAGAGGCUUUGGCGCAGCCCAGGAGGCCGAGGGUGGGCUCCCCAUCAGCUCAGAGUGACUCCGAGGCCACUGUGACGAGGAGUAGGGGUCUAGGGGCCCGGAGUGUUGCAGGUGAUUAUGCCAUCCGACAAGGACUGAGAGGAUCCAAUGUGACCUCAGGGUCUGGACCAAGAGCCAGGGCUAACAGCGCCUCCAAGCUGCCCGACAAGAAUAGAGGGCCGUCCUCCUCCUACGGACAUGUCCCUCCUGCGUCUGGCACUCGAUGGCGCCGCGUACCCAUAGAGUAUGCCUCCACCUCGGAGGAUGAGUACGGCUCAAAUCGCCACAUGUCCAAGCAGAGCCACGCACGUCCUUUCCCCUCCACUCGGGUUGCCCAGCUAGGAGGUUCAGCCCCAGCAACUCCUAAUCCUACAGGCCUAUCCGCCCUGAGGCAGAACUCCAGGGAACAAGACGAGUAUAUGAGAGACUGGACAGCACACAGCGAGGAAAUAGCCAGAAUUAGCCAAGACCUAGCCAAGGACCUCGCCAUGCUUGCCAGAGAGAUCCACGAUGUGGCCGGAGACAUCGACUCAGUCAGCCCGGCAGCCACCGACCCUGCAGCUCCGAUCGAGGAGCAUGUCUUUGAGGACAGCUCGGACCCAAGCGGCCCGCCUCCAGAGCCCAGCAGCAUUGUGGGAACCAACGGCCGGUUUGUGGAGCUCCGCCCGCCCCGGGGCUCCGGCGGACACAGCGCCCGCUCCAUCCGCCGGCAGACGUGGAACAGAGAUGAUGCGGUGUUGGACAGUUUACUGCUAGCAUCAGUGACUCAGCUCUCAGCGAGGAUACGUCAGUCUGUCGACAAAACAACCUGCAAAAUAAGGAUCCUCUUCAAGGAUAAAGAACGAAAAUGGGAAGAGAUUGAGAACAAACUGCAGGCUGAGCGUGACUCCUUACUCCUCAGGAGCUCCAAUAAGGAGAUUUCAACCAUUCUUCAGGACCUGAGAAGAGUGGAGAGACAGCUGCUCGUAAUUGACAUGAUGGUGGACCCUGACGGCACCCUGGAUGCCCUGUCCAGUCUGGGCCUGACCAGCCCUCUGACUGAGCAGAGGAUCGGCCCUGGGAAUCAGCAGGGGGUGUCGCUGUUGCACCCUGGAGCGGAAGCGUCCUCCAGCACAGCCUCCGGGCUUGAAGGACGGACCGCUGAAUCCUCCCGACCUUUAGACCAAUCAGAGGCAACAAGGCGAGAGCCGGGGCCCCAAAAGAGCCCCAAAUCCUACAACUGAUACUUAAUUAAUGAAACGGUUAAAGUUGCAUCCUUUCUGUUGGUCAUAUCUCGAAGAUGCAAGGUGAGACAUUUUUGAAGUAUUUCGUUUUGGACUAAGGAGGGGAAGAGAGGAAGGAGUAUGAUGCCUAUUCGGUGGAAGAGCCUGACUGCCUGACUGUCCUUCAAAUUGACUCUUGAUAGGACUUUGUUAAAGUCCAACAUUACCAAAUAGCAGCUCUUGUCAGAUAUACAAAUGAAAACACUGCAGCACUAUGAAGAAGCUGUGUCAUAAUAUACUGUGUUUUGUGUUGAAGCUCGUUCUUAUUAUCUGCUACCCUUGAAAAAUAUUUAAAAGAUGAGAUGAUUUAACGUGUAAGAUAAACUUUUUGCUCUUAUUUCAAGCCUUGGAAUCUUUUGGUUCCAAUGUAAAGCUAAUGCAGGAACCCAAACUAGAAAGGUGCAAAGUUUUCAAAUAAGGAUUCAGUAGAGGUGUAUGUCAAGUGUUCUUCUAUCCUGCCAUAUAAUUGUUUAUAAAAAAGAAUUAUGUUGUUGGCCUGUUGCAAUAGCAAUCCCCAAACCUGCCUCAGUAAUGAUUUUCCACCGGAAAAUGCCAUGUUGCUUAUUUGCUGGGAAAAGAACUGGGCAUGUAGAGUAUGUACCAGUGUAAAUGUUUAUUAUAGUUCAAUUAAAAUCUCCCGUCCAUGCCUUUUUCCCUGUGGCGAUGUCAUUUGAAACCAGUGUAUCAAAGAUAAACCGUGUUUGUUAAUAGAAACUAUAACAUCAAAUGUAGCCCCCAAAACGUUUUACUCUUCCAAAUGUAUUUUGUCACAAGUGCCCUGGAUCAAACAAUCAUUACAGUCUGAGAUGAAACAUUUAAGAGAGUACAAGAGAUAGUGAUAAUAUAUAUAUAUAUAUAUAUAUAUAUAUGUUAACAUGGUAAAUAUCCUCUGAGGGACCAAGACAUGGUUGAAGUCCUCGACUAAAAGCAGAGCAGGCGAAGGACUGCUGCCUGUAGACCAACAGUUUAAAUUACUUUCAGAUCACAAAGAAAAUGUUGUGUGUGAACCAGCAUAGACGGGAGCUUCCCUCCCAGUCCUGCAGCUACAUUUUCCAGUUAGCGAUGCAAUGAACGGACAGACGGUGUAAUGACUGCAGGUUUUCCAGUGUCUUGCCUCAUACCAAUGUUUACACAUGAAUGUAACCUGAUCAAAAUGGUUUGAACAUUUUAGCCCAAAUGACUUGAAUACAGAUUGAUAAUUGCAUUUUGUGCUCAGCACCUACUGUACUUUGUCUUUAGUUCUGUUUGAGCAUUUGGAGAAGUUUUGUUUGGAUGUUUUCUAUGAAGAUUUUUGUUUUCUUUGUAAUGAUGUGUUGACCUUGCAAUACCUGUGUAUUGUCUCAUUUCUAAUAAAAUGCAUGAUAAUCAUGA